AACGCAGGUAAUGCAUCAGGUCAGCUGCAGCACGCUAGCUUUCUAGGAAGCUGCGUGGCCACGCUAGCUGCUGCUGCUGCUGCUACAUCCAGCAGCUCCCGGUCCAGGUCCUGCUUUUUAAAUCGUGUCAGCAAGCAGCAUAGAGAAGAUGAUGGUAUAGUGAGGAUACUGGUCAGUCUGGCUGGUUGAGGUGUGGAGGGGACACCACAAACCACGCCAGGAUUCUGACUACUAAAAUUCUCAUUACCCCCCCGCCCCCCACCCCCCGAGUGAAUGUCCCACCUCAUGUGACUCCUUGGACAGUAAUUAUGGUUACACUUAUCACAGAACAGCUCCGUAAGCAGAGUUUGGAGGAACCUUGUCACAAGGCUUUCUCAUUCAAUGCCACUGUGUCCUUGCCUGCAGUGGGCUCCAGUCCUACCAUUUCAUGGAGUACUCGAACAACACAAGAGACCAGCUCAGCAAUUCACCCAUCAUCAAGAGCUUAUGUUUUGGCAGAUUCAUGUGAAAUCGGCUCUCUAUGGUCUCCCUCUCGCUCUGGGCAACCCCUCCAGGAGCCAGAGGUUCCCUUCACAGAUGAAGCUAUCCAAAGUUCACCACCCCCACCACCUCCAAAACGCCACUGCCGGUCCCUCUCAGUUCCAGAAGAUCUGUCCCGGUGCCGUUCCACCUGGCAUCCUAGCGCAUCAAAGGUUUGGACUCCAGUCAAACGUGGCUGCCAUAGUAGAGGAGCAUCUAGUUCAGGCUCUGGAGCCAGUUCUUUGCCACUCUGUGGUCCCAGCUCUUCCUUCACCUCCUCCUCCGUACACUCAUCUUCUAGCCCUACCUUCUUUAGCUUAGCACUGUCAUCUGACUCUCCUUUAUCGUGGGGCUUUCCAUGGGAACCCUGUGACACAUUGAAAGGAGCCUAUUCUGCCUCCUUUGCUACUCCUUCUUCUUGCUCCUCUUCACCAGCUCCCCUGGUUUCUCAUUCAGUGUUGCAGCGCCGCUUCUCCCUCUCUCCAGUUCACAUUCAGAAUGCCUCUGUGGCACCCUUGCACCCCCGGCCCCCCUGUGCUUCAGCUCUGACAUAUGGUUUUGCUGGCCAAGAGCACCCAGGCCUGUCUCCGUCUCCCACUUCAGCCUGCAGUACACCAUCCUCUUCUAGGCGUGACUUGCAUCCUGCACUUCCACGAUGCCACUCACAACCCUGUGACAUGCGCAAACCUCGUUUGAAGCGGCGCCAUGACCCAGAUGUUCUGCCGUGCCCAAGGCCAGGACUUGACUUCACCAAGAUGACACAAAUUGGUAAUUGUGAAACCCUGGUGGAUGGGACCAUCGGCUGCACGUUUCCAGUGUCUUCUCAGACAGACCAGCGCUUAGCCUUCUCCCCUGCUGAUUUCCUUGGACGAGCCAGCAUUGGGCCACUAAGUGAAAGUGAAGAAGAAGAGGACGACGAGGAAGAGGGAAGAAAAAUGAUUGUAAUGACUGCUGGAAAAAAUGUCUUUGAAAGAGACUGCACAGAAUUGGACUUGAACCUUAUUGAAGAAAACUGACGACUCUGUGGUGCUCCGAGAGUAACUACUGCUUCAUAACCAUGUAAAGCACACCUGUAGGCUUUGUGCUCUCUUUGGGCAGAGUCCUUGGGAACUUGCUGUUCUCAUAAGGCACAUCUUCAGAGUUUAAGAGCCACGCAAGUAGAAGCUAAUGUCAAAUUGCAUUGCUAUGAUUGUAACACUUGAGCUAGCUCACUAUACAACAUUUCAUAAAAAUAUCAGUGCCUGCCUGUUCAGCACUCCAUAAGGAAAUGUGCAUGAGCAAAUAAGCAAUUUUUCAUGUUCAGAGUUUGACCAUUUUAUAUUAUACAAGUCUUAUUUUGCGUUUAUAAUGGGUAUGCAUCUCAACAGUCUUACUUGUCCUUUUCAAAGAACACCAUGGGAGUAAGCAAAGUUCCUUAUAUUUGUUCGUAUUUACAUGAUGCACACUAAUAUCUGAUAGUUGAAUUGGAUUGUAGUAUUUUUUGUUACCCAAUCAGUUGUGGCAAUAUACUUCUUUUUAGAUGAUCAAAUUUGAGUUUGCUUAAAUGAUUUGUUAAAAGUAGGUAUAUUUUUGUGACCUGCAGAUCAAAACUAUAUUAAAAUUGCCCAAAUGGCUACUCUCCUGUAUACUUGGCAGGAUAUACAUUCCAGAACUCUCCUUUGGAGUAAGUCUAUGUUGUCAAAGGGAGUUUCAUCAACCCUCCUACACAUAUUAUCUUCUGUAACUGCUUGGACAUCAACCCACCUUAUCAACAGUAAUACUGAUGACACUGUUAACUUACCAUGCCUUAAGCAUAAAAUGGAGCUAUUGGUGGCUGGUCUUUUUUUUUCUCUUUUUUUUUCCACUGCCAGACACUUUUGUAGUCUCCAUUUGCACUGAUACAGACAUUUUAUUUUUUAUUUUUUAAGUGUGGCACGUUGAUGAGAAUGGUUGACAUAAAAAAGGAAUCGAUGCUGCAGCUGGACUCCAGAGGGCACAAUGUGAUGUACUGUACAGUGGUUAGCCGAGUACACAUGUCCAGCCAAUUCUGAGUGUAUGUGACAAAGGCUGUAGUGAUGAUUUGGUGGCCUUUAAGGAAUGAUUUUUCUUUUUUUUUUUUCAUGUAUGUUUUCAGAUGGAAAUGUUCCCGUUGCACAAUUUAUGUAAGAAUAAAAUUUAAUAGAGAAUUA